AUGUCGGACGAAGAACCAGAACCUAUAGAAAUUCCAAAGGGCGAUGACGAUGGACGAGAACUUGGUACUUUUGGAAAAAUCAAAGUCGCGCAAAGAAUCAGAGAUAAUUCUCAAUCACGACGUGAGGAGCGCCAGAAUCAGCCUCCACCUCCUCAAUACCCUCCUCCUCAGCAAUAUCCUCCACCAGCGCAGCCUAUUCAGUAUCCACCUGGUCAAUAUCCGCCUCAAGGUCAAUAUCCUGAGCAGAUUGUGGUCCAGCCUCAGCCAACAAUGGUUCAACCCCAGCCAGGAGUAGUAACAGCUCAGCCUGUUGGUUUUGCUCAAGGAGCUUGGGUUCGACCAGACCUUUGUGGUCUUGCAUGUGAUCCGACAACUUGGUAUGCUUCAUGUUGCCCGUGUUGUGCUCGAGGAGAACAAGCAGAAUUGAUGGGCGAAAGCUACUUGUCCGCGUUUUUGAUUCGGUGGUGCUUUUUCUGUGCUUCGACAUGCACUCUUCAUGGAGAGCGUAAUAGACUUCGAACACGAUAUAACAUCCCAGCUACCGAUGGAUUCUGCACGGUCUACUGGUGCGAAUCAUGUGUUGUUUCACAGCAGUUGCAUCAACUGAGAACUGUACCAAUCAAACCACUUUAUUGA